AUGAGAUUUUUUUCAUGGCCAACCGCAGUGGUUCUCAUCUGUGGGAUAGUAUUCAUUUGGUUUUUCGCAGGAACAAUUGUACUCUCGCUACUUCCUGUAUAUCUUUCUGAUAAAUCGAACUUUGAUCGUGUGCCUACACAUGUACAAUUAUUUGAAUUGAGAUAUGCCACCACUCUCACGGAUACGAAAGGUUAUACAAUAGGCGAUAUUCAUGCAUUGAAUGCUCAGCUUAACAAAGAAUUGCACGUAGGCACCCUCAAUGUUUUGGCGGUUAAACUCCCUUCUUUCACAGAUGCCAAACGAAAAAGACGAGCAAUAUCUGAUUGUGCAAGCCAACAGAAUUCAACAGGAGACGUUCUCAUAAUUCAGUUUACAUUAAGCAGUGAUAGAACGUGUGCUACUGCCAAAUGUCGAGCGACUCUUAUCGAGAAAGUCAAGACACAUAUUCAAACAAAAUUUCCGUCGUUAUCUUUACCAGUAACUCUAUCAAAUGGUACAUCAAUUUCGCUUCUACUGUCAUUGUGUUCAGUAUCAGCUAUUAGCACAAAUACGAAUUCGAAACUAACAUGUGUCGACGGAAUUAAGAAUCAAGAUGAAAGCGAUGCUGACUGUGGUGGGUUAGUGUGCGCAGCUCGGUGCGGUAUCAAUCAACAGUGUACAAAGAAUUCGGAUUGUGUGAAUAAUAAUUGUCAUCAAACACAGAAGACAUGUCAAGAACCAUCAUGUUCUGAUGGAAAUAAAAAUCAAGACGAAAGCGGUGUUGAUUGCGGUGGUUUGAUAUGCUCAGCUCGAUGUGGUUUGGGACAAUAUUGCAUUCGUAAUACCGAUUGCAGCAUUGGCAACUGUCAUCAAACAGAUGGAACUUGCCAAGUUCCAUCUUGCAAUGAUGGCAACAAAAAUCAAGAUGAAACUGGUAUCGACUGUGGCGGUUUAACAUGCGCAACUCGAUGUGGAGCGAAUCAAGCUUGUUUAUACAAUUCUGAUUGUUCAAAUAAAAAUUGCCAUAGCUUAUUUCAAAUAUGUCUCGCUGAAUCUUGUUGUGACGGAAAUCGGAAUCAAGAUGAAACUGAUCUUGAUUGUGGCGGUUCAAUGUGUCGAGGCCGAUGUAGUAUCAACCAACAAUGUACCAAGAAUUCUGAUUGCGCUAAUAAUAAUUGUCACCAAACGCAAAAGGCAUGCGAAGCACCUUCUUGUACAGAUGGAAAUCAAAAUCAAGACGAAAGUGGUGUUGAUUGUGGUGGUCUGACAUGUCCUGCUCGGUGUGAUUUGGGCCAGCAUUGCACUCAUAACGCUGAUUGUAGUAAUGUUCCAUCUUGCGAUGACGGAAACAAAAAUCAAGACGAAAUGGGUAUUGAUUGUGGUGGUUCAAUAUGUACAGCUCGAUGUAAUUUAAAUGAAGUCUGUUCAAACAACUCUGAUUGCUCAAGUAGAAAUUGCUAUACUUUAUUUAAAAUAUGUCUAGCUCAAUCGUGUUGUGACGGAAAUCAAAACCAAGAUGAAACUGAUGUGGACUGUGGUGGUUCGAUCUGUGGCGCUCGAUGUAGUUUAAAUCAAGUUUGUUCCAGAAAUUCUGAUUGUUUCAAUAAGAAUUGUCAUCAAACAAAUAAAACCUGCCUAGCACCUUCCUGUUCAGAUGGAAAUCAAAAUCAAGACGAAAGUGGUGUUGAUUGUGGUGGUCUGACAUGUCCUGCUCGAUGUGAUUUGGGCCAGCAUUGCACUCAUAACGCUGAUUGUAGUAAUGGUAACUGUCAUCAAACAAAAAAAACUUGUCAAGGUAUAUUUAUGAGAAAAGUUUGA